AUGAUCCUAUUAUAGAUUCAUUAUAAGGCUUAAUUUGGAUAGGCCUUAUAUAUAUCAGGUAAAUCAAAAUAUUUAGGAUAAUGGAAUCCUGAAUAAGCAAUUAGAAUGACUUGGACCUAAGUAUAAAUUAAAUUUCAUUUUAAGGAUGAUAUAUGGGUAACUGAAGUAGCUUAUCAUGAACUUGAAUAUAAAUAUUUCAUUUCUAAUUAUGAUAAAGUUUAAAAAAUAUUUUGGGAAUCAGGGCCUAACAGAAUAACUAAUAAACAUUCACUCGAUGUAUGGAACCAUAGAAAAAUAUAUUUUCAAUGUGUAAACCCAUAGAAUUUUCAAAUUUACAUUUCUGGAUCAUAAUUUUCAAUGGGUUAAUUUUAAAGAAGAAUACGAAUGAAAAAUAAGGAUGGAAUAUCGUAAUAGAAAUUUCUUAUUAAUAUUGAAGAUCCUUAAAUUCAAUAUUAAUAUCAUAUUUUAACAAAAAAUGAGUUUUCAAGUCCUGUUUAUCAAGUUAAUUUAAAUUAAUAAUGUAAAUAGUAUUAAUAUCUUAGAAUAAUAUUAUAAGGAUGCACUACUCAUUUUUUCAGAUGGACUUACUAAUUUAAAGCAUAUGAUAUUUUAGCUAAAUAAAAAUAUAUGUUAUGGAUAUGUACCUAAUAAUCAACAAGAUUAUCAAGCUCUUAAAAAAGCUAACUUAAAGACAAUUAUUGAAUUUUGUAAUAUAAAAGAAUAGAAUCUACUUGAGCAACAAACUAAUUAUGAAGAUUUAGUGCAUUUAAUAGUCAAUCUCUAUCAUUUUAAACAGGAAAACUUUGCGUAAAGAUUACUCUAACUGCUUCAAGUUUUAAUUAAAAAAUAUUAAGUAAAUUAAUAAAAAUAUUACAUAUUUUUAGUUACUCUUUAUUUGCAAUAAUUCUCUAACACAUUUAAGAAAAUAUUUAUAAGCUUAUGAAAAACUCUCUAUUCCUUCAGAAAGAUGA